CGUCGGGAAGGGGCAGCAAAAUGGCUGAGAUGGGCAAGGGAGUCACUGCGGGGAAAAUCGCCAGCAACGUGCAGAAGAAGCUCACCAGGGCCCAAGAGAAGGUCCUACAGAAGCUUGGCAAAGCUGAUGAGACAAAAGAUGAGCAAUUUGAGCAAUGCGUGCAAAACUUCAACAAACAGCUGUAUGAAGGCUCCAAGCUGCAGAAGGACCUCCGGACAUACUUGGCAUCAGUAAAAGCAAUGCAUGAGGCUUCCAAGAAACUGACAGAGUGUUUGCAAGAAGUGUAUGAGCCGGACUGGCCUGGCAGAGAUGACACUAACAAAAUAUCAGAGAACAAUGACCUGCUGUGGACAGACUUCCAUCAGAAGCUGGUGGAUCAGGCACUGCUAACUAUGGACACCUACCUCGGCCAAUUCCCAGACAUAAAAUCUCGCAUUGCUAAACGGGGGAGGAAACUUGUGGAUUAUGACAGUGCCAGGCACCAUUAUGAAUCUCUACAGACAGCAAAGAAGAAAGAUGAAGCCAAAAUUGCCAAGCCUGUCUCGUUGCUCGAGAAAGCUGCGCCUCAGUGGUGCCAAGGAAAGCUACAAGCGCAUCUCGUAGCUCAGACUAAUCUGCUGCGGAACCAGGCUGAAGAAGAGUUAGUAAAAGCUCAAAAAGUGUUUGAGGAGAUGAACAUUGAUCUUCAAGAAGAACUGCCUUCACUAUGGAAUAGUCGUGUUGGAUUUUAUGUCAACACAUUCCAGAGUAUUGCAGGCUUGGAGGAGAACUUCCAUAAGGAAAUGAGCAAGUUGAACCAAAACUUGAAUGAUGUCCUUGUGGAUCUAGAGAAAGAACAUGGAACCAGCACCUAUCCUGUUAAAGCUCAGCCAAGAAAGAAAACUAAACUGUUCUCCAGGCUGAGGAAAAAGAUCAGCAGUGACAGUACCCCUGCAAAAGCAAACAAAACCCCUUCAUCUCCACCUGAUGGGACUCCCAUCACCAGCCCUGAGACCAAGGCAAUCAACCAUGAGCUGGAGCCAUCCACUCUGGAAACCCCUGGGGGAGGCAUCCCUAAGUCUCCAUCUCAGUUGAGGAAAGGCCCUCCCGUGCCGCCACCUCCAAAACUCACUCCGUCCAAGGAGAUGAAGCAGGAGAACAUCAUCAACCUGUUUGAUGACAAUUUUGUCCCAGAGAUCAGUGUGACAACCCCCUCACAGUUUGAUGCCCCUGGGCCCUUCCAGGAGGGAGCCAGCCUGUUGGAUCUGGAUUUUGAUCCCGUUAAGCCAGAUAACAGUCCUGUAGGGAAGUCACCCACGCCUGCAGCCCAGUCUUUGCCUUGGGAUUUAUGGGAGCCUGAAAAGACUCCCUCUAGCAGCAUACAAUCUAUGGAUCAGUUUCCUGCCGAUAAUCCUAGCACUAGUGAAUUCGUGGUGGACUGGCCCAGCCAGGCCACUGAGACUGAGGUCAGUCAAUCCACAGAAGCCGCUGGUGCUGAGGCAGCAGACAAAGAAGCUGGAGCCGAAGCAGCUAAAACCGAAACUGACUCAGGAUCUGCCUCAAGUUCUUUGCCUGCUGUAGUUGUGGAGACCUUCCCAGCCACAGUCAAUGGAACAGUUGAAAGCGGAGCUCCCUCUGAGAGAGCUGAUAUGCCACCAGGUUUCCUGUUCAAGGUACAAGCUAUGCAUGACUAUUCAGCCACUGACAGUGAUGAGCUGCAAUUGAAGACUGGGGAUGUUGUCCUGGUGGUUCCAUUUGACAACCCUGAGGAACAGGAUGAAGGAUGGCUGAUGGGUGUGAAAGAAUCUGAUUGGCUGCAGCACAAAGAAUUUGACCAAUGCCGAGGAGUUUUCCCAGAGAAUUUCACAGAACGAGUGCAGUGAAGUCCUGGAGCUGCUAUGUAGCUUCUCUGCAGAAGAAAGCAAGAAGUCUUUCCCCCCUCUCCCAGAGAAGUCUGAAAAAGGAGAAAUUUUUUAAAGGAACAAAAGCCUAAAAGUUGUGUUCUUCACAGAAAACAAGGUUUUAGAAGUACAUUGAAUUCAAAGUGUUAGUAUCAAUAUAUAAAUAACAAAGAAAGGCAGGUUGAAAACAUCCCUUUUCCUUUUGAUUUGAACAGUGUUGCUAUUCAGAAAGUUGUUAACCUAGGUGGCUGAGCAAUUUUGUGUGAAAUGGAACAAGGGUGUGCAGCAUCAUGAGCCCUGAAAUACUAACUGUCCAUUUCCCCUAAAACUACACACUCAAGUUUACCCUGUGGGCAAGUGAGGUCAACCUGUCUUGUGGCUAAGGUUGCUUAUGUGGCAUCCCCCAGAUUUCUGACCCUGCAGUUAUUCAGACCUGCAGCUAUA